AUGGUCAAGAUAGACGUCAACCAGGACUACUAUGCAGACCUGGAGCUGCCCCAGUCAGUUGACACCGAGACUGUCAAGAAGCAGUAUAGAAAACUUGCCCUCAAAUACCACCCCGACCGCAACCCGGGCAGCGAGGUCGAGGCCGGCAAGAGAUUCACGAGAAUCCAGGCCGCCUACGAAGUCCUCACCAACCCCGAGCAGAAACAGCGAUAUGACAACUCGCGCCGCUCUCGCUUCCCCGGCGCGUCCGGCGUCAAAGGCAACCCAUGGUCAGAUGUCACCAAGAACUACCCUCCUCCUCCGCGCCCGCCAGGCUUUCCCCAGCGUCCGCCUCCCCCGAAACGACCUGGUAGUACAACCGGUGCCGACAGAUACGCGCAGUUCGCAAAGGAUGUGCCACCCACCUCUCCUCGAACGAGCCGAAAGCCGGCAGAUGCGACUUGGAAAGCUUGGGAGGAGAUGAGACCGGGUACUAAAGCCAAGGCUACUGGCGGCCACGCAUCUGGGUCAGGAACAUCGACAAGGGCCUCCAGUGCACCCAAGCCCCCAGGAGCACCGCCUCCAGUGCCCCCUCGCUCUCCUCAGAAACAAGCCAAGGGCUCGUUUGGACAUCGCGUCAACCGCGGCUAUACGCCUCAGUCGCCUAGUGGGGACGAGCCUUCCGUUGCUGGCAACAACUAUUUCACCACCAGGACCCGUCCCGACCUCUUCAGCGAGACCUCUUCAGCCGCCCAGGCUCGUCGGCGCCAACCCUCGAAUCCCACGCCUACCUCGGAGUUUCGCGAUAGCACAUUCAUGGACACUAGGCAGAGGACGCCGUACAUGUCUCACGGUGGCGAGAAACUCGAUCCUUUCCAAGGCGCCGCCGGCAUCAACCGGUCCCGCAGCACGCGAGAGACGAACUCUGCAUCUUACCAGCACACCGACGACGAGGAUUCGCCGACCUCGAGCGCGCGUCAGCGUCGCGCAAGUGUUCCUGACAAUCUAGACAACGAUCCCAAGGGAAAGCGAAGGGAGAACAGCAAUGUCAAUGGGGCCGUAGAACCAAAUACAAGCCCUGAGGGCUUCAGCCCUGCCCCAGAGGAACAGUCCCGUACCCAGCAGGAGGGCGCGGACGGCAAGGAGGGAUCCAAAUUGUAUGCCAAUCAGCCAUAUGUUCGUUCUCAGUUUGCAAAGAAUGAAGUUCCUCCAAAGACCCAGCAAGCGACCAGUCGUGCGGGCAGUGAGAGAAUCUUCAACAAGUCGUUUCACCCCAGUCCAGCGUUGCACGGCCUGCCUACCCGACAGUCUUCGAGUGAAGACCCAAAGCCCUCCAACUCUGGCUUGAACGCCUUUGAGCUCAAGGUCCGCGACAUAUUGAGUCGGCUCUCGGCAGUGAAGUACUCGCCGUACGGGAUGGGAGUGCAGUCGGGUGCAGACCGAGACGCGCAGCAUUCCCAGGACUUUCGACAGCAGAGCAGGGCUGACAGUGGAAACCCCAGCAGCUUUGGUGUGCCGUUCAACGACGAAUCCUUCACUGACAGCCACCGAUUUCCCAGGAACAGCGCCGACAACAUCAACACUAGGUUUGUUGCUGACGAGAGUGAUGCUAGUAACUGGCAAUUCAACGCCGGGUCCCCAGUCGACGAGACUGGGCGACCAGCCAUGCCGCGAUCGAAGUCCGGAAGCCGAGUCGGCCGAAAAUCGCCCUUCCGCGCUCAAUCCUUUCAGAUGCCCUCUGCUGAGCCUGCUAACGAGGGUGGCCCACCCCAGAACAGCUCCUUCAACCCCGACGAGUGGUCUGAGAAGAUCGGGCCGCAGAUCUUUCAGACAUCGACUACACAGAAGGCGAACACGGCCCGGCCAAUUCGCAACCCCAGCAAAAAGCCUAAGCCUGUCCGUAUGACGGCGGGUACGGCGGGCAUGGUCGAGUCUGAUGAGAGCAGCAGUGGACAGGAUGACUCUCUCAAGAAGCUGCCCACUCCAGGGAACACAAAUGGUCUCAACGAAACCGCCAGUCCUAAUGCCAUGGACAUCGAUCCUCCUAUGGACUACCUUAGUGCGAAAGGGGUUCGCAACAUCCCCGUCGAGCCAUCCCGCCCGGAGUGGAGGGCAGGUGAUGUCAAGGGAAUGACCCCUGGUCUAACACCCGGUGCUGUCCCUCACGCAGGAGGAUCGGAAGACACCGAAGAGUUCCGGGCCAGCCUCUCUGACCUAAAGAACGUAGAGCCAUUCGCUCAACGUCCUACAGGUCUGGACUCGUUCGGAGACCUGAAAUCAUCCCUUCCAUUCCAGAGUGGCGCAUCAGGCCAAGCUCCCGUCGCACACCCCCAGCCUAACCACAAGCCGACCAACCUUCAUCUCCCGGUGGAACCGAAGCCACCCAACGCACCACCUACUUUCGCCGUGCCGGGCCUGAAACCCUCUGCGGCUGCAUGGGAGAAAUAUGCAGGGGAUUUCUACAGGUACUUGACGGAGUGGCACAGGUUUAAUACCAAAUUCUCCGACCACUUCCAUGCAAGGAACCUUGAGGUGCAAAAGAAGGUGGCCGAUCCUGGCUGGGUCAAGUCGAGGGAUCCUUCUGGUAUUCAAGAGUACCUCACGUGGGCCGAGCAGGAUCGACAGGUGCGUGCCACGUGGGUGCAGGCUUGCGACAAUCAUGAGAUGAAUGUCAGGGUCUUUAUGGCCCACCGGGACAAAAUGAUGAAGUGA